AUGUCUUUUGAUGAUGAAGAGCCCAUAAGCCUCUCGAGUCACGCCUUGGCCGCGUUAGCCGAGUUCCACGCCGAAAAGGAUGCCCAUGAAAAGAACUUCGAGAAGUUGAGGACCGGCGCUGCCCCAAGAACCGGAGCCGGACUUGGGGUGGUCGAGCCGGAGGACGAGGACCCUAUCACGGAGGAUGUGGACAAUGAGCCGUUGAGCAUGGCGGCCUUCACGGAAGACUGGAACGAAUCGCAGUUUUGGUUGCAUUUCACCUUUGGCUACGGCGGUGGAGAUAGCUUCUCGGUCGGCUUUUGGGAACCUGCCUGGGCCCGUGUUAUGAGCUGGGGUAUUUAUUACUUCUUAGAUGAAACUGCCCUGGCUUUGGCCGAUCAGCUUCUCGACGGUGCAUCGUCAAGCUCGACUAUUGGUGUCGUGUCGACGCCGAGUGUAUUCAUCGCGCUGAAGAAUCGCCUUAGACUCUGGCCUAUUGAAGAUCGACCCAAGUUGGUCUUGCUCGAGCAUGAUCAUCGUUUCAGCGUCUUCCCCGAGUUUGUCUUUUAUGACUUCCAGCGACCUCUUCAGCUUCCAGGUAAUCUGAAAGGCAGUUUAGACAGUGUUAUCAUUGACCCUCCCUUUUUCAGCAGUGACUGCCAAACAAAGUGUAAGAUUAUUUAUUACCUUCCUGUUGCUACGUUCCACACUGUCCAGAUUUUGGGCCAUGGUACAAUUGCUACUCGGCAGUUGUCUGAUACUAACAUGGCAUCUUCGCUAGUUGCCCUCACUGGUCGCUGGCUUGUCAAGCCAAAGUCACCUCGUGUCAUUGUUUGCACUGGCGAACGAAUGGCUCCUAUAAUUGACAAGCUCUAUCGCUCUCUUGGAGUGUAUGCCACAACAUUUGAGCCUGCACAUGCGGGUCUAAGUAAUCACUACUACUGUUACGCCAACUUUGAGAGUUCCACCUGGGACUGGCGAUCCGAUGAAUCUGACUAG